AACCAUAAAAUCCUAGAACACAUCGAAACAGAGAGUUCAGAAACACAGAGCAGAGAUACAAAGACUUGUUUGAAGAUGUGGAGUGUUGGGGCCUUGGACUCAAUCACUAUAACAACCCCAUCUCCUUCGUCCAAUCGGUUCAGAGCUCUGGCCAAACCACCCACUUGUUCACUCCACGUUCACUACCCCUCUAGGCCUCUCCGAGCUCUUCCCACCUUCACUCUUUCAAAUCAAUCCUCCUCUUUCCGACCCAAGAGAGCUCUCUCUUUCCGAUGCUCUGCCGCAUUAACUCCAGAGCUGAAGAGUACGCUGGACAAAGUUGUUACUUCACACAAAGUGGUUCUGUUUAUGAAGGGAACAAAGGACUUCCCACAGUGUGGAUUUUCAAACACUGUCGUACAAAUAUUGAGGUCGUUGAAUGUACCUUUCGAGACAAUAAACAUCCUAGAAAAUGAGUUCUUGCGUCAGGGAUUGAAGGAGUAUUCCAGCUGGCCAACAUUUCCUCAGCUUUAUGUUGAAGGAGAGUUCUUUGGUGGUUGUGACAUCACUGUUGAUGCAUACAAAAGCGGGGAGUUGCAGGAAGUACUGGAGAAGGCAAUGUGCUCCUGAGGCUUUGCAGGCUGUGAUUUAUCAGUGUGGACUCUGAUGAUAAUGCUUUGAUGUAAUUCAUUCUCUCCAAGGCUGUGCACUUUGAUUACAAGGAAAACUGUAUACUGUAUUCUUUCAGUACUAAAGAAUCUGCAAUGGGGAUUAAUAGUUCGUAUAAGAAUGUGUGAUUUUUCUUGAUAUAA